UAUGGCAAGGAAAAAGAAAAAACUCUGCUUUACUUUAUCUGGUCUCUUCUCAUCUCAUCUCAUCUCUCUGCGUUACAAAUGUUGUUCUCUGGAAGCAUCUUCACAUGCAUCCCACCAUCUGUCCAUUUCCCCAACUGAAUCAACACCCACUGAAAACCUAAUUAAUUUUCGUUUCCUACCAUCUCCUUCUUUCUUUCACCUUCCCUUUCCUCUCGGCCAAACACUCACAGAAAGAGAAAAAAAAAAUGUCCAAAAUCCCUCACGAUAUCAUCAACGACAUUCUCCUUCAGCUUCCUGUCAAGGCUCUUCUCCGCUUUCGAUGCCUAUCCAGACCUCUAUGCUCAAUAAUUGAUGGCCCCAAAUUCAUUAACCAUCAUCUCGCCCAUUCACUCCACACCAGAUCUCAUCUGUCUCUCAUCCUCCGAGAUUGGAAUAUCUAUACCCUAGAUUUCGAUUCCCUCGACGCUGCUGCUGCUGCUUCUGUUGUUGCCUCCGCGGAAUCGCUCGACCACCCUUUACAUGUGGGCGGCGGGACUGAAAUUGUUGGUUCGUGUAAUGGGUUGGUUGCAUUGAGAAAUUCUGAGCGAGAUCUAGCCUUGUAUAACCCCUCAACCAGAAAGUUGAAAAGAGUGCCAGUUUCAGAGAUUUAUCCGCCUGAUAGGUUUUUGAAAACUGGGUAUGUGUUUUAUGGCUUCGGUUAUGAUUCUAUUAAUGAAGAUUAUAAGCUAGUUAGAAUGGUUACUUUUGUUGGGGAUGAUGAUAGGUGUGAGACUUUUGAUCACGAUUAUGAGGUCAAGAUUUAUAGUUUGAAGAGGGACUCGUGGAAGAAAAUAAAGGGUUUGCCUUAUUAUCUUAGAUUCCUGCAUAAACCAUUUUACCAGGUUCUGCAUAGGAGAGGAUAUGGGGUUUUUGCUUCUAAUGCUUUGCAUUGGGCUCUGCCACACUGGCCGGAAUUGGGUGUGAAGAAUUCCAUUAUCGCAUUUGAUAUUGUGGCUGAGAUGUUCCAUCAAGUGCCUCAGCCUGACUAUCACAAGGACCAGUUAAAUUUUCAGGUUGAUGUUGAGGUCUUGGAUGGGACUUUGUGUUUGAUGUGUAAUUAUGAACACGUUUAUGUGGAUUUAUGGGUAAUGCGGGAGUAUGGAGUAAAGGAAUCCUGGAUCAAGCUUUUCUCAUUUCGAGCAACUAAAUCCAUUAGUUCUUUUAUGUUUUUGAGGCCUUUGGCUUAUUCAAAAGAUGGGGAUAAGAUGCUAUUAGAAGUGAAUGAUCAAAAGCUUGUAUGGUAUGAUUUGAAUAGGAAAACUGUGAGGACUGUAAAGAUUAGGGGCGGUCCGAAGUCUUUUGGUGCAGAAAUGUAUGUGGGAAGCCUUGUUCCACUGGGUAAUGGUAAUGAGGAGGAAGAGAAGAAGCAAGCACUGGAGAUGGAAAAGAGAAAGACAAAUACCCAGAAAAUGAAUGAUUUCUUAUCUGUUGGGUUCAAACUGAAGUUAUAAACAAUUGAGCAAGCUCAGUGCAGGAUGAAAACCAAGUUGAAUGGGGUAAACUUGGUUGAUGCUGGAGAAGGAACUUGAAGAUAUGAAGUCUUAUGUAGAUAGCGGGAAAAUGCCUUUCUAUAAUGUCCAUCAACCUUUGGUUAGAAGAAAUUUUCACAAGGUUAGAUAUGGUUUUAUCGAGGACAUGUCUCUGUCCAUCGGUCCAUAACAAGCAUGAAUACUGAAUGAACACCUCAGAACUGAUGUAAGAAGUUUCUUUUUUUGUUUUUUUCCCUGAUACAAAAUAAAGUCGGUCCUUAACAUGGUUGAAA